UCGCAACGCCAAGCCUCACUUUGACGGCCGGAUCGUCAGCUCGAGCGCCGCCGCCUCCUUUUGCAACCGCGACCUCACCACGCCGCCGUCGACCUCCUCGCAGGUCUCGCCUGGAUCCUCCUUGGCACCGAAAGCACCCGUCCUCUACUCGCUUGGCCCUCUCUCCGUCGCACCAGGGCCGAAUUGACUGGUGGCGCAGAUGGCUACACCACUGAUAGCAGGACUUGCAGUUGCAGGAGCUGCUCUUGCCGGUCGGUAUAGCAUCCAAGCUUGGCAGGCAUUUAAAGCAAGGCCUAUAGUGCCUAGGAUGCGCAAAUUCUAUGAGGGUGGCUUUCAACCUUCGAUGAAUCGAAAGGAAGCUGGUUUAAUCCUGGGUGUCAGGGAAAGUGCCAAUGCAGAGAAGGUAAAAGAGGCACACAAGAAGGUCAUGGUUGCGAAUCAUCCAGAUGCUGGCGGGAGCCAUUACCUUGCUUCGAAGAUCAAUGAGGCCAAAGAUAUUCUGCUAGGGAAGAGUAAAGGAGGUGGAUCUGCAUUUUGAUUAUGGGCUAUUCCUCAUGAAAGAAACCUGAAUUUAUCAUCUCUAGUCUCAGCACUUCAGAAGGUAGACUAAGAUCUUGAUCUAUGCUGAAAUUCACGGACAAAGAAUUUAAGACCUUUAUAGGGCAGCUCUGUUGACAUGAAGAUGGAAUUAGUAGAGUUACUAAAAUUUUGAAUUAUCUGUUUAUAAGUUUUUACAGUCACGUUUACAAUCUUCUAGAUCAACAUUCAACCAUUAUCAUCUUCACCUCACUCAGUUGUAGCAAUGUUUUGUUAAAACUGCACAUUUGUGACGGGAGAAGAGAAAACUCCUUCCUCUUUUAAUAAGUUAGGACUUUUUGGUUGUA